CCAGUCUUGCCUCAUCCAAUAUGGCGGCGACGUUGACGUAUCGCAGCAGCUCCAUGGAAGGAGGAGACGACAUGUCUAUGCGGAAAUCCAGAUUGUAACACCUGGCGGAAGAGCGAAAGUUUGGAGCGAACGGAACACGUGAGCAGUGAUUCCUUUGAGGAGGACGGUUCUGUUGUUUCCUUUCUUUUUCCUCUUCAACAAUGUCUAAGGUGAAUCAUCUGAGAGAGUUUAUCGGUCAGCGACUAACAGCAGCUGCUGCAGAAAUAUUGUCAGUGUUUGAAAAAACCAUCUUGGAGUAUGAAGAAGAGCUCGACCGUCAGCGCAGACUGUUGGACCUCGCCUGGAAACCUGAAAUCAGACUCCACAGAGUCGAACUCCCACAAGAAAAUGUUUGUAAGGUGGAGGAGGACGGGGUUUUCAGUGACCAGCACCUGGAUAACCUGGAGAGGAGCUGCAGCCCGGACCAGGAGGAACCAGGGCAUCCACAGACUACAGAACUGGAGGAAGACUCCAGCGGUCAGGAGAUGAAGCACGAGGACGUAGAGGUGGAUGUCUCAUUGAUCAAUGUCGCUGAUGUGAAAGUUGAAAAUGGUGAACCAGGACCAAACUGUGUCCAGCUGCUGUUGCACACUUCUCCUGAAGCUCAAAACAAAGAUGAAGAAGGGACUGAAAGUUUAUGCUCAGACUCCAGUAAAACUGCAGAUCCGGAGCCAAUGAGACGACACAGUGACCACGAAGAAUCUGCUGUCCGGUCAGACAGCAACUGUAAAUCAAAGAUGACCAGGACCCACAUGGGGAAGAAGGUGUUUUCUUGCAGCACUUGCAGGAAAGAGUUCAGUAAAAGUUGUAAUUUCAUGGAUCACGUGAAGAUCCACACUGGCGAAAGGCCGUACCUGUGCAACACCUGCGGAAAAACCUUUACUUAUUUAUCAUAUCUUAAACGGCACAUAACCAUGCACACGGGCGAGAAGCCCUACAUCUGCAAAACAUGUGGAAAAAGUUACAGGCUACAUUCCCACCUGGUGAUUCACUCGAGGACCCACACGGACGAGAAGCCCUACAUCUGCAAAACAUGUGGAAAAAGUUACAGAGAACGUUCCCACCUGGUGAUUCACUCGAGGACCCACACCGGCGAAAGGCCGUACCUGUGCAACACCUGCGGAAAAACCUUUACUAAAUCAUACCAUCUUAAAAGCCACAUAUACACGCACACGGGCGAGAAGCCCUAUAUCUGCAAAACAUGUGGAAAAAGUUACGGGCAAAGUUCCAACCUGGUCAUUCACUCGAGGAUCCACACCGGUGAAAGGCCGUACCUGUGCAACACCUGCAACAAAACCUUUACUAAAUCAUCAGCUCUUAAACGCCACAUAACCACACACACGGGGCGAGAAGUGAUAUUAGUGCAAGACGUGCGACAAAGGUUUUAGCCGCAGAAUUGAUUUGCUGAGUCACAUGAGAAAUCACCCGGAGGAGAAGUCUGGUGACUCGUGACAAAUGAAGCUCAUGUUGUCGUCCUCCGGGGGCAGCUGUCCACUCCUGUCUGACCCACAGAAGAAGAACCCGCAGAAGUCCAACCACCACCUCCUGUGGCUGAUGAGCCUAAUCCCCUCCCCACAAGGGUUGUAGGUUCAACCCGGAUUUAUGCUUCUCCGUCAACUUGACGCAGAGGGAACAAUGUGGUUGUUUACUUUCUUUUAAAGUUCUGCAUUGAGUUUUUUGAAUCCCUGUUCCUUCUUAAAAUUGUUAUUUGUUGCUGUUGGCAACUUGCCGUGU